AUGGAGACCUCGAAACGUCAAGAUGGCGUGGACGCAAUUUCGUCUCGCAGCAAUCCGGCGCACUGGUACGCAUAUGCGUCGUCUGCUUUCCUGAUCUCACUUUCGCUGCCGUUGCUUCUGUUCCCACGACUGCUUCUGCUGCUCUCCACGCCACGAGGCGCGGUCGGACAGCCUAACACGUCGUCUGAUCAAGAUGUGAUGUCGGCCAUCGGACCUCAGCUCACCCCGCUCGAACGCUACGGUUCGUACGCCAACGCGAUCUCGAUGCUCGCCAUCGCGGCUCUUCUACUCGUGCUCUCUGGUGCGAUCCCCGUGACCACGGCUCCAAUGCCCGAUUCAACCUCGGAUGGAAAAUCGCCGUUUCGAAUUCCCAGCGUGUUUGUAACCACCGUCUAUUUUGGCGCUAACGCCUUCACCGCUUGGUCGUCGGCAGGCUCGGCAGGCUCGGCAGCUUCGGCAGCUUCAAGCAAGCACGUCGAUCCCGCCACAUUGGGCAUCGGAACGUUUGGAAAACUCGUAGGCUUCGCGCAUGCAGGCUUCGCGUUUUGGGGACUCGGCGUCUUCAUGUUCGGCAACGACCUGACGCGAAACAAGAAAAAGGCGGGCGACUCCAGUGCACACGACAAGAGCGUCAGUAGUUUCCCGUUCAAAAAUCAAUAUGCCAGCCAACAGAAGGCCAAAUAG